ACAGCUGCAGCUAUGGCAAAUCCAACUCUCCUUCAUCCUAUCCUCCAGGGCGCUACUGGCUCUUCUUUGCGGAUGCUUUUGAUGAUAUGUACCGCCGUUAUCCUCUGGUGGAUCCUGCUGGUGGUUUACCGCCUGUACUUCCAUCCAUUGUCCGGAUUUCCUGGCCCGCGAUUGGCAGCUGCAACAUCGUGGUACGAAUGCUACUUCGAGCUCAUCAAAGACGGACAGUACGUUCUGCGACUUCCGGAGAUGCACAUCAAAUAUGGGCCUGUGGUCCGAAUAAGUCCUCGCGAGCUUCAUAUCUCUGACUUAAGCUUUUACCACGAGGUCUACAAGCAAAACACAAAGUACCGAAAGGAUCCAGCCUUCUACGGCGGGCUAGGGAUCACACACUCUUCAGUGACCAUCAUAGAUCAGUACUCGUCCCGUCAGCGGCGCGAGCUGUUAAACCCGUUCUUUUCAAAACGCACUAUCGCCUCCCUCGGACCACAGAUGUCAACGACGAUUGAAAAGUUCUCGACACUGCUGAACGGUUAUGCGGCCUCUGGCAAGCCAGUACCGUUACAAGACGCGUUUCAUUGCCUUACUGCGGACUUUAUCUGCGAGUAUGCCUUUGGUGCAAGUCUCGGGCUGCUAGAUGUGAAGGAUUUUCGGUCGAGGUAUGUGGAUAUGAUCAGACGCAGCGCGAAGGCGCAGGCGCUGAAUAAACAUUUCCCACUACUGGCGGGGUGGGGAUGGGAUUCGAGCUUGGGAGAAGUUUUGGCAAUGAUGACAUCAGUUGUCGAUGGCCUCGCCGGAAGGGACGUGAAGGCGAAGUCAGCUACCGUGUUCGAUGCGCUUAUGAAUCCUCCCAACGGUGCACCUCCUGUCCCGCGAGAUCAGAUUAUCGCCGAGGGGAUGUUUAUAUUCUUUGCUGGGACGGAAACCACAGCUAUGGCGCUUACUUAUGCGACGUAUUAUGUCCUGCGGGAUCCCUUGGUGCACAAAAAACUGCUGGAUGAGCUUGAUACCGUUGUGCUAAAUGUAGAUGGGAACGGUCAGAUGAAACUUGCUAUGCUAGAAAAUCUACCGUAUUUCUCCGGCGUGAUAAAGGAGUCCCUCCGGCUCGCAACCAUCAUCCCCGGAAAGCUCCCACGGGUGGCACCGAAAGAAUAUGGCUACAUCCUCUCUACGGGGCAAUACAUUCCCCCUGGAACGAUCGUCGGCGUAAGCCACUACACGGUUCUUCACGACGCCACGAUCUUCCCCCGGCCGAAGGAGUUCCUUCCGGAGCGGUGGCUCGGGGACGCUAAGGGGCAUGACAAGUUUCUCGUUUGCUUCUCGAAGGGUGCUAGAGCCUGUCUGGGAACCAAUUUGGCGUACGCUGAGUUGUUUCUGGUGCUUGCUACAUUGUUUGGCAGGUUUGAAAUGGAGCUGUUUGAAACGGAUGAGAGGACUAUGGAGUGGGUUGAUCAUGGGGUUAUCCAUUCGAAGGGUCUACUGAAGGUCCACGUAAGACCACGCAAGCCUAAGGGAAACUUGAGGAGUCAUAGUCAGUAAGGGAUGUAUCACAAGAUAUUUUUCACCGAUAAAAUUUCAGCC